CUCUGCACCAGAUCCAUGCAGCUGCUCAGGGUCCUCUGCCUCCUCUGGAUGCUCAAGGUCUCCCUGGGGGCCACAGGGCAGUGCUACAAUGGGGCCACUUGGAACGGAGAAGAAUGUGCCUGUACCCAAGGCUACUUUGGUUACCAGUGUCAGUCCCUCUUGGAAUACUUAUUCAUAGAAGUCCCAGAAAAAAUCAAUGCCACUGUAGAACUGAGAGUGAAAGUAACUAACAGAAAUUUCACAGAAGACCUAAAUAACAUAUCCUCCCAUACAAACCUGAAUUUUGUUCAACUAUUCAAGAGUCAGAUGGAUAAAGCUUACAGGAGCAAAGACUUUCCACAAUACAGAGGCGUGAUCAUUAGGAAACUACUCAAAGGCAGCGUCGUGGUGGAACAUGAAGUCGUCAUGGAGGCAAACUUCACUUCAGAGUUUCAGGAGCUGUUUGCAAACCUCACUAAGAUCAUAAAGGCCAAGGUUAUGAAUGAGACCGGAAAGCUACCCAGUAAUUCUGAAGCGUGCAAAAACAUCUCAUUCCUGUGCUACAAUGAGAAGGACACCUUCGUGAAUGAGACCGUGAAGCUCGGCUUUGACCUGCAAGGGCAAUGCACUCAGAAAGUUGCGAAGGAAUUCGCCCAGUUCUACUACGUGGAUGAUCUGAAUGGGAAGCUGGCCUGUGUGACCAAGUGCACCCUGGGGACGAAGUCGCAAAUGAACUGUCACCACGGCAGGUGCCAGCUUCAGCGAAGUGGCCCCCGUUGCCUGUGCCUGAACUCGGACACUCACUGGCACUGGGGAGAAAGCUGUGAAUUCAGCACCAGCAAGAGCAUGGCGUAUGGGAUCGUAGGGGCCGUGGUGGUGCUACUGGUGGUCUCGGUGGUGGUCCUGGCCAUCUCACUCUGCCAAUCCCAGAGAAAACUGCACAGAAGGCAAGAGAACAACCUGUCUCGAGACUGGCAAGAAGAAGAUGUCCUUGUCAGCUUCCAGAGCGCCGGCGUCUGGGAAGGUCAGAAUCUGCAGGGGGACACGUUUGGCCUUGAAAAUGUCUACAGACACUUCCAGCCUUCCCUGCAGAACGUGGACCCCAGCACAGAGCUCCACAUUCGGAGGCCCACGGUGGUGACAGCUGCUCAGUGAGGGGGACGGGGCUCUCACCCCUCACCCAGAUCUGGACGACGAGAUAGCGGCUGACAGAGCCCUCCACAGGUCCCGGGGCCG